AUGAAACCAUCUGAUCAAGGACCACUCUUGCGUCGAAAGUCUUCUACACCUCACUAUCAAACAUUUGGUGGUAUCUCGCCGCCUAAAUCACGAGGACAACCAUUGUCCGAAUCCUCAAACUCCUCCACCCAUGACCUCCAUUCCCAGAACCCCGACAAUCAACAUGCCUCUCCUCUCCCUAAAAAGCAGAUGGCUAUUUUGGCCAUUAUAGCGUUGUGUGAACAGACGGCCCUCAACUCCAUCAGUCCCUAUCUGCCUGCUAUGGCAUCGACCUUUCCAGAAGUCAAUCCGGGACAAGUUGGUGUUUACGUGGGCACCAUCGCAUCCGCGUUUGCGCUGGCCCAACUAGCCACCAAUUUCUUCUGGGGAUGGUUGUCAGAUCAUAUAGGCAGAAAGCCGGUCAUAUUAAUGGGGACAUUUUUCACUGCGGCCUGUUUUGUUGCCUUUGGGUUCUGCAGGACUCUGUGGCAAGCCGUCUUGGUACAGGCAUUGAUGGGGCUGUUGAACGGAAAUCAGGGAGUUGUAUCUACAUGUCUGGGAGAAAUCACUGAUCGCAGUAAUCAGUCACAAGCAUUCACCUAUCUACCAGUGUUAUACGGCCUCGGGGGUAUUACCGGACCAAUUAUCGGUGGCUUACUUGUGUUUGAGAACAAUCCGUUCAACAAGUCGAAGCCCAACCCAUAUCCCUAUCUACUGCCGAAUUUGCUUUCGGCAGCAGUCCUUGUCGUGGACCUGGUCUUGACCACCAUUUUUCUAGAGGAGAGCUUGGAAGAGGCACAAUACCAGGCACCUUUGGGUAAACGCGUACGAAACCUCUUCACCUGGCUGUGGGAGUUCUCCAGUUCAAGCAGACCAUCCUACCUUCGACGCAAAAACACACCUUCUCAUCAUGGUGACGAAAGCCACGGUAAUGGCAUACUUGACGCUUCAGAUGACGAUGAUAGUGAUAGCAAUGCUGAGCCGCCCACAUUCUUUCACGCUUCACAGGAACUGAAGAGCAGUGACGUACUGAACCGCGAUACCAUAUUGCUUCUUUUGACCUACCUCAUCUUCCAACUGUCCAACAUAUCCUUCAAUUCACUUUUUCCAAUCUUCGCACAAGCCGCUCCUCCUACCGGCCGUGAUUUGGCACCGGAUGAGAUAGGACUUUCUCUCGCUUUUGCCGGACUGGUGACGAUUCUUUUUCAGGUUGGUCUGUUUGGAAAGCUGAGGGAUAAGGUGGGCAAUAGAUGGGCCUACAGGGCGGGAUUUGGUGGGUUUGUGAUUGCCUAUGUUCUGAUGCCCUGGGUUGGGUACAAAGAACCUGGUCAAGGCAAGUGGGCGAUAUCAUACGGGAAAGCCUGGCUGUGGUUUGAGGUUUGCAUUGUUCUACUCGUCAAGACUGUUGCGGCAGUCGGAGGCUUGACGAGUGCUUUGUUAUUGAUCACGAAUUCUGCACCAAACCACAAUGUUCUGGGAACGUUGAACGGAUUAGCACAAACACUAUCGGCGGCUGGACGCGCCGUAGGUCCUUUUGUGUCUGGUGGUCUUUUCUCCCUUGCCACCCGAGUAGAACCAAAGGGUGAGGCGCUGGCUUUUGGUUUGUUCGGAGGCAUCGCCUGUCUAGGGUUUGCCUUGAGUUUUGGUGUAAGAUCAUCCAACCUUGAGGCGGCAGGAUGGGAGACGGAUGAUGAUAAUGAGGAUGACGAUGACGCGAGUGACAAGUCUGACGAAGAGGAAGAGGUAUAG